AUGAGUUCCAGUAAGCUGCCCGAAGUGCAGUCUCUGUGCCCAGUUCCAGAUGGCAUGAAAAGCAAACCUUGGUAUAGAGAAAGACUGCCUUCCAAGUGUUUCCGAAGUUCCAAAAGAGGGCUGAAGUUCACAGAUGCUCUAAACAGUCAGCGAUGGAUCUUCCUCAAAAGUGGCAUAGAUGACUUCCGCCGAGGCAAGGUCCCUACCUGUAGUGACCUCAUUUCUCAUAAUCCAAGAGAGUCCAUCCUUCCCCUCAUUUACCACAAGGAAAAUCUUCCUGCUCAUCAGAGGCGGCCUAAAAAGUCAUUUUCAGACUUACUUUCAAGGCUCUCCUCAACUCAGAAAAACACCAGGCAAAACAUUGAGAAGAUUGAUUACUACCUGGCCCAGCAUCCACUGGCUCUCUACCCCAACUUGGAAGAAAGUUUGCCCCUAGAGCUCCUUAAGCAGGUUCUGAAAGUCCUCGAUCCACAUAAGUGCUUGGAGGAUGAAUGGGCUUAUUGUCAAGAAGGCGUAGAACUCAAGAGAAAGCCCUGGGUUGGAAUGGAGAAACCCUCUGAGUGCUUACCACUGGAAAGCCCCAAGCCAGUCCCAGAGAAGAGCCCAUACAGAUCUUUCCGUGGGGAAGAAAAGGCAGAAGAGGUAGACAUGGGCUAUUUGCCAGUGCUAGAAGACCAUAUACAUCGGGCAGCUAAAGAAUUCUGUGAAUGGGUUUCCAGUUUUGGAGAAAAUGAUUCCAUAGAUGUGGCCACAGUCCUAAAACUGUUUGAAACGAGUUAUGACUAUCCAAGGGGCUACAACAUCCUCCAUUUGAUGAAAAUGAACCAGAUGCCAUUGGACCUAAGGCAGGGUGUGGGACUAACAAGGCUGCAGGAGAUGCAAUGUGCUGUAGAGGAGUUGGACUAUGAAAGGAAAAUGAAGAGGACAAAGAAUCCUUAUAAACCAGACUGGGUGAAGAUCAGAUAUGGGGCCUGGUACCUGAAUACCAACUUAUGGAAGAAACAAAGAGCAAAUGAACCUCUGUUGGAUCCUAAAGCAGAAGCUAGCUCUAAUUAUGAAAAGUUGAAAGCUAAUCUUCUAGAGAAGUUCCUUUCGAGAUUAUUUGCCAAGAAGGAUGAUAAGUUCUCCCCAGACACAAGUCGGAAGUCUUCCCCUCAGGAUUCCCAGGUACAGCUGCAACUGACGCCCAAGACCAAGAACAAAAUGAAAAGAGCUCUCGAUAGGGUACUGGCCAGCGUAAUAGAACUGCAACUGAUUGUCCUGCUAGAUGGCGUUGAAUGCAGCGACUCUGAACUGACCUUGCUCCAGCCCAGAGCUCGGAACAGUGAAGGGCUAUGGAGCUGGUCCAAACCAGUUAAAAACAACGGCAGCAACUACAAAACUACUUGCACCUGGAGCCGGAUGUUCUGA